CAAUUGAUAUUCUUGGCGAAUAGCGUGUCUGGGGAAACACACUGUUCCCUGACUCCUUGGAGCAAAGUAACUUUCCUUCCAUCUGACUUUUCCAAGUUCUUUUUCCAAGCCGAAGGAUUUGGAUCCCCAAAUUCACUCGAGGAGCUCUGCAGGAAAAGCUCAGCAAUUCAAGGGGGGGGGGGGAGAGAAAUCUUUUUAGAAAAGGGUAAAAUCCCUUUACCAGUCAUUGUUAUUAUGUGAUCAGAAAGCUUUAUGAUGCAGUGUGGAUCUUGGAAACAACAAAGAAAUAUUACUUUUAUUUCCAGAACAUAUAUAUAUAUAUACAGAUAGCCAGUCACUAUUUCAUAGCCCCUGAGGUUUUUUUUUUAAUUCACUGAAACUUCUUUCAAGUCCCUGUCAAUGUGAACUGUCCAAAAAUAGAUUGCUGAGUCCUCUCACAAGUAUGAUCUGAAACCGCUCAGGAAACUUCAGAAUUAAUCAUGCAUUUCCCUUGCUUAUUUAACAUGUAUGUCAAAACAUUGCCUGAGAACUUGCUGAAUUGGUGAGCGUACUGCCUUCUGGCUAACACUCUCCCGCACUUUUUUUUUUCCUGGGAUGAUCCGAUUUGAAGUAUUAUAAACACAGUUUAUACCAUGGGAAGCCAAACAAACGGAGCCAGAAGCACCCCAUCAAUGGGGUAUCUGUUACCAGCAACCAGCUCUGCUGGAAAUCUAGCCUCAUAUUCUUCGCUUUCAUUGAGCAGCAGGGCUGGAAGAAGCCCACUUGUUACCUCAGGGAAGGCCUCAAGCAAAAUCCGCUGGGAAGAGCAUGAAGCUCUCAAGAGGGACCAGGUCCAACAAGACAAGAUCUGGAGAGAGGCUGUGGAGGCUGAGAGGAAGGCAACCAAAUACUGGUAUCAGAACUGGAGUUUCCUAAAGGACUACGAUUCCCUGGGUAAGAAAAAAGUAUCUGCCCAACUCCCUGAAUAUAUAUCAAUAUUUUCAGACAAAAUUCCCAAUACCACCAACCACGUUAUUGGCAGCAGAAUGAACACUGAUCUUGGUAAAACACUGAUAAAAAUGGACUAUUUCCUCAAUUAUGGAAAAAGAAAAACCAAAACCGAGCAAGAACUCCAGCCUUCCUAGAACUAAAUAGAAAUCUUGCUGUUAAAAAAAUGCUUAUCUAUACUUUUUUAAAAUAGGAUUAAUGUCAAAAACUUUUGUGCAUUUACCCUUCCAGACUUAAUUCUUCUGCAGACUGGUCAGCAAUGAUAUUUAGCAAGUGAAAGUUGACAGCAAAGUUUGCUAAUAUUUUCCUUGAGAAUAGUCACAUGUAAACACUAAUCUCUAUGAUUUUCACGUUUAGAAAAUAGUGGUGCUGCACUGCAUUCUUGAAAGCAUAAGCUGUAUGAGGCUGUGUGGAGGUCCACUUUUUUCACCCCCAUUCUUUAGGAAAACUGUAUUUCUUCCAUCAAAAUUAAGCCUGAGGUUUUAUUGAAGAUGACAGGGGUGACCUGUUAUACAUUGCAAAGACUUGGCGUGGCAUCAAAUGUGUCAAUUUCGGUUUUGUGUAUGGAUUAGGGGCAGGGUGGAAGGGAGGAGUCAUCCAGGGCACCCUGGAGAGUGUCAGAGGCAUUGCCCUG